AUUUCUCUUCAUCCUGCUGGGACCUAAGGGCAAAGCAAAGUCCUACCAUGAGAUCGGCCGAGCCAUCGCCACUCUGAUGUCGGACGAGGUGUUUCACGACAUUGCCUAUAAAGCCAAGGACCGGCAGGACCUGAUCGCCGGCAUCGAUGAGUUCCUGGAUGAGGUCAUCGUGCUGCCCCCCGGGGAAUGGGAUCCAGCCAUCAGGAUAGAGCCCCCCAAGUCCCUGCCCUCUUCAGACAAGAGGAAAAACAUGUACUCCGGUGGGGAGAACCUGCAGAUGAAUGGAGACACCCCUCACGACGGAGGGCACGGCGGCGGCGGCCACGGGGACUGCGAGGAGCUGCAGCGCACCGGCAGGUUCUGCGGUGGCUUAAUCAAAGACAUAAAGAGGAAAGCACCGUUCUUUGCGAGCGACUUCUACGAUGCUUUAAAUAUCCAAGCCCUUUCAGCCAUUCUGUUCAUCUACCUGGCCACGGUGACCAACGCCAUCACUUUUGGGGGGCUGCUUGGCGACGCUACCGAAAACAUGCAGGGCGUGUUGGAGAGCUUCCUGGGCACGGCGGUCACCGGGGCCAUAUUUUGCCUUUUUGCUGGUCAGCCGCUUACGAUUCUGAGCAGCACAGGACCCGUCCUUGUCUUUGAACGGCUCCUCUUUAAUUUCAGCAAAGACAACGACUUUGACUACCUGGAGUUUCGGCUCUGGAUCGGCCUUUGGUCAGCCUUCCAGUGUCUCAUCCUCGUCGCCACUGACGCCAGCUUCCUGGUCAAGUACUUCACCCGCUUCACCGAGGAGGGUUUCUCCUCCCUCAUUAGCUUCAUCUUCAUCUACGACGCUUUCAAGAAGAUGAUCAAGCUGGCAGACCACUACCCCAUCAACUCCGAGUUCAAGGUGGACUAUAUCACACAUUACUCUUGUGCCUGUGAACCCUUCGACCCAGUGAACAGCUCGUUAUUUAACGGGACAACGGUGCCGGCGGCCGACGAGCUGUUCUACUCCUCUCCGGAGAUGAACACCAGCGGCAUUGAGUGGUCAUCUCUGACCACGAAGGAGUGCUUGAAAUACGGGGGGCGACUGGUGGGCAACAACUGCGGCUACGUCCCGGACAUCACCCUCAUGUCCUUCAUCCUCUUUUUCGGCACCUACACCUGCUCCAUGGCGCUGAAGAAAUUCAAGACCAGUCGCUAUUUCCCAACCACUGCCCGCAAGCUCAUCAGUGACUUUGCCAUUAUCUUGUCCAUUUUGAUUUUCUGUGGAAUAGAUGCCCUGGUAGGUGUGGACACACCAAAACUCAUCGUGCCAAGCGAAUUCAAGCCAACCAGUCCCGAUAGGGGUUGGUUCAUCCCCCCUUUUGGAGGCAACCCGUGGUGGGUGUACCUGGCAGCAGCCAUCCCUGCCCUGCUGGUGACCAUCCUCAUCUUCAUGGACCAGCAAAUCACCGCCGUCAUCGUCAACAGGAAGGAGCACAAGCUCAAGAAAGGUGCUGGCUACCACCUGGACUUGUUUUGGGUGGCCAUCCUGAUGAUCAUCUGCUCCUUCAUGGGCCUGCCCUGGUACGUCGCGGCUACCGUCAUCUCCAUCGCCCACAUCGACAGCUUGAAGAUGGAGACCGAGACCUCAGCCCCUGGAGAACAGCCCAAGUUUUUGGGAGUGAG